AUGAAGCUGUUAUCGCUAUUUGCUAUUUUUGGUAGUAUUUUCGCUAGUAAAACAAUAAAUGAAUUCUUAUGGAAUGAAACUUAUUCAAAAGGUCAAGUAUUUCGACUCGAUGAUUUCGAUAUAUAUUCUGUAGGUAAAUCCAAUCGUAAUUUAUCAAUAAUUGUUAUUUAUGAUAUUCGUGGUUUUAAUAUAAGUCAAACACGUGUAUUUUGUGAUCGUCUCGCAUCAGAAUAUUCUGUUCAUGUUGUUAUGCCGGAUUUUUUUCGUGGUACUGUAGCUCCAACAAAUGGAAGUAUGAGUACAUGGUUAAUAAAUGUUAGUAAUUGGUCUAGAGUUUCAAAUGAUCUUAAAAAUAUUGCUGAUUGGUUAGAUAAAAUAUUUUCAACAAAUCAUAUUGGUUUAAUUGGAUUUUGUUGGGGUGGUUUACAAGCUGUACGUGCUUGUUCAAAUUUAUCAACAAUAUUUUUUACAGGUAUAUCAAUUCAUGGUUCAUCAAUAACAGCUAAUGAAGUUAGUCAAUUACAACAACCAAUGUUAUUUAUUGCUGCUGGUAAUGAUCCACCACUACAACCAAAUAUAUCCAGUGUAAUUGAACAAUCAAAUAUGAAUAUAAGUAAACAAUGUGAAUAUAAAACUUAUUCGAAUAUGCGUCAUGGAUUUGUUGCUGCUGGUGCAAAUUAUUCAAAUCCAGAUAAUUUUAAGGCUAUUGAUGAUGUACAUAUAACAGUGAGAAAUUAUCUUGAUAAAAUAACAAAAAAUAUGUCUUUAUCAUUAUCGAUAAAUUUUUAUUUUUUAUUAAUACUUUUGAUAAUUGCUUUUUAUUUAUAUUUAUAA